UCGAACUCCUGAUCUCAGGUGAUCCACCUGCCUCGGCCUCCCAAAGUGCUGGGAUUACAGGAUUACAGGUGUGAGCCACCACACCCAACCUGAAUUCGAACUUCUAAAGAGCUUAAUUUGGCACAAGAUAGGUGGAGGUUAGACCAAAGGGAGCAUUUUCUAGUGGUCCAGGUAGGUAGGUAUCAGAAUAGAAAAAAGGAGGCCAGAACAGUUUACAGGUUUGAGUUCGAGGCUAGAGGCAGCUCAGCUUCCUGAAUAAGCCUAGGUAGAGGAGCAGUUGGCCUGCGUGAGGAGGAGGGGAAAAGAGGCUGUGGGCGGGAGAGGAGAACAGUGGCAGAGAAGCAAGGCUGAGAAAGGGAAGGCAGAGCGGGAGGAGCCCAGGAGGGAGACCCUGGGAGGAGAAGGGAGGACAUGGAGAGACCAGGAGACAGGAGGAGGAUGCGAACAAUAGAUGAUUGGGGAUGAAGAGGAUGCAUAAGGGGAGAAGGGAUUGACCCCAAGACCUCUGGGCUCUGGACAUCAUCAGGCAAACCUGGAGCUUGGGAGGAGAAGCAGGAAAGAGAAGGAUCUUGGGCCACCAGGAAGCUCUGAGACCCUAGGCACUGCAGCCCCAUGCCCUCUGUCCCUGCACUGUUGACUCAGCCCCUCUACACUUCCCCUUUCUACCCUUUUCUGCCCCAAGCACCAGGGCCGUGCAUCUCUUCCCCUCCUCCACCUCUCAGCUGCUAGCAUGGCCUCGGCUGAGUCAGUACUGGUCUCCUAGAGUCCGGGCUGAGUGCUUCCCGCUGAGCUAUAAUCCUCUGUCCCCAGCCCAGGUCCUCUGACUUGGGGCUUCUACCCUCAGCCAUCUGGAUCCUGCUCUUUGAUUUCUGAGAGCCUGAGAAACCUUGGAGGGAGUGGCCUUCUCAGCUUCUAGUCCUGCUCUGAGUGGGGAGGGAAAAUCCAGAGAUCGGAGGUCACAACUGAGGAAGGUCCUAGAAUAGUGGGAAGAGUGAUAUCCCCCUCUUCUCACCUUCUUAGGCUUUUUGGGAAUCGCAGGGGCUUAAAGAGGGACGGAUUGGAGGUCGGGGAGAAUGACUUGACUUGCAGAGGCAGGGGCACUGGGGGAAAUGGGAGACAGCAGAGAUGGGAAACACUGGCUCAGAGGCUCCGAGGAAGGUGUGCACCAUCUCUGCGGAGACCAACACUGAAGGAUGAAGGGUAGAUGUCAGAAGGGACUUCCUAGGAUGGGAGAGACCAGUUGGGUGAGGAGCAAUUGAGGAAACUCUCCUAGGUUUUAACUCUGGAGAGUAGUAUGAGAGGGAUAAAAGUUAGACUACAGGAGAGAUUUUCCGCUGGAAGCAACCGAGAUGGCUGGCUGAGCUUACUUACUUAAAGAUUCCAGAGUGGAAGAGUGACCCAAAGGCAGCAGCCCUCGCCUUGAGACCCGGGAAAAGGAGAAGAUGAAGGAAGCCAAGGAUGCCCGCUAUACCAAUGGGCACCUCUUCACCACCAUCUCAGUUUCAGGCAUGACCAUGUGCUAUGCCUGUAACAAGAGCAUCACAGCCAAGGAAGCCCUCAUCUGCCCAACCUGCAAUGUGACUAUCCACAACCGCUGUAAAGACACCCUCGCCAACUGUACCAAGGUCAAGCAGAAGCAACAGAAAGCAGCCCUGCUGAAGAACAACACUGCCUUGCAGUCCGUCUCUCUUCGAAGUAAGACAACCAUCCGGGAGCGGCCAAGCUCGGCCAUCUACCCGUCCGACAGCUUCCGGCAGUCCCUCCUAGGCUCCCGCCGUGGCCGCUCCUCCUUGUCUUUAGCCAAGAGUGUUUCCACCACCAACAUUGCUGGACAUUUCAAUGAUGAGUCUCCCCUGGGGCUGCGCCGGAUCCUCUCACAGUCCACAGACUCCCUCAACAUGCGGAACCGAACCCUAUCAGUGGAAUCCCUCAUUGACGAAGCAGAGGUAAUCUACAAUGAGCUGAUGAGUGACUUUGAGAUGGAUGAGAAGGACUUUGCAGCUGACUCCUGGAGCCUUGCUGUGGACAGCAGCUUCCUGCAGCAGCAUAAAAAGGAGGUGAUGAAGCAGCAGGAUGUCAUCUAUGAGCUAAUCCAGACAGAGCUGCACCACGUGAGGACACUGAAGAUCAUGACCCGCCUCUUCCGCACGGGGAUGCUGGAAGAGCUACAGUUGGAGCCGGGAGUGGUCCAGGGCCUGUUCCCCUGCGUGGACGAGCUCAGUGACAUCCACACACGCUUCCUCAGCCAGCUAUUAGAACGCCGACGCCAGGCCCUGUGCCCUGGCAGUACCCGGAACUUUGUCAUUCAUCGCUUGGGUGAUCUGCUUAUCAGCCAGUUCUCAGGUCCUAGCGCGGAGCAGAUGCGUAAGACCUAUUCGGAGUUCUGCAGCCGCCACACCAAGGCCUUAAAGCUCUAUAAGGAGCUGUAUGCCCGAGACAAACGCUUCCAGCAAUUCAUCCGGAAAGUGACCCGCUCUGCCGUGCUCAAGCGGCACGGGGUACAGGAGUGCAUCCUGCUGGUGACUCAGCGCAUCACCAAGUACCCGGUACUCAUCAGCCGCAUCCUGCAGCAUUCCCACGGGAUCGAGGAGGAACGCCAGGACCUGACCACAGCACUGGGGCUAGUGAAGGAGCUGCUGUCCAAUGUGGACCAGGAUAUUUAUGAGCUGGAGAAAGGGGCCCGUCUGCAGGAGAUCUACAACCGCAUGGACCCUCGGGCCCAAACCCCAGUGCCUGGCAAGGGCCCCUUUGGCCGAGAGGAACUUCUGCGGCGCAAACUCAUCCACGAUGGCUGCCUGCUCUGGAAGACAGCAACGGGGCGCUUCAAAGAUGUGCUAAUGCUGCUGAUGACAGAUGUACUGGUGUUUCUCCAGGAAAAGGACCAGAAGUACAUCUUUCCUACCCUGGACAAGCCCUCAGUGGUAUCGCUGCAGAAUCUAAUCGUACGGGAUAUCGCCAACCAGGAGAAAGGGAUGUUUCUGAUCAGCGCAGCCCCACCUGAGAUGUACGAGGUGCACACAGCAUCCCGGGAUGACCGGAGCACCUGGAUCCGGGUCAUUCAGCAGAGCGUGCGCAUAUGCCCAUCCAGGGAGGACUUCCCCCUGAUUGAGACAGAGGAUGAGGCUUACCUGCGGCGAAUUAAGAUGGAGUUGCAGCAGAAGGACCGGGCACUGGUGGAGCUGCUGCGAGAGAAGGUUGGGCUGUUUGCUGAGAUGACCCAUUUCCAGGCCGAAGAGGAUGGUGGCAGUGGGAUGGCCCUGCCCACCCUGCCCAGGGGCCUUUUCCGCUCCGAGUCCCUUGAGUCCCCUCGUGGCGAGCGGCUGCUGCAGGAUGCCAUCCGUGAGGUGGAGGGUCUGAAAGACCUGCUGGUGGGGCCGGGAGUGGAACUGCUCUUGACACCCCGAGAACCAGCCCUGCCCUUGGAACCAGACAGCGGUGGUAACACGAGUCCUGGGGUCACUGCCAAUGGUGAGGCCAGAACCUUCAAUGGCUCCAUUGAACUGUGCAGAGCCGACUCAGACUCCAGCCAGAGGGAUCGAAAUGGAAAUCAGCUGAGAUCACCCCAAGAGGAGGCGUUGCAGCGAUUGGUCAAUCUCUAUGGACUUCUACAUGGCCUACAGGCAGCUGUGGCCCAGCAGGACACUUUGAUGGAAGCCCGGUUCCCUGAGGGCCCUGAGCGGCGGGAGAAGCUGUGCCGAGCCAACUCUCGGGAUGGGGAGGCUGGCAGGGCUGGUGCUGCCCCUGUGGCCCCUGAAAAGCAGGCCACAGAACUGGCAUUACUGCAGCGACAACAUGCGUUGCUGCAGGAGGAGCUACGGCGCUGCCGGCGGCUAGGUGAAGAACGGGCAACUGAAGCUGGCAGCCUGGAGGCCCGGCUCCGGGAGAGUGAGCAGGCCCGGGCACUGCUGGAGCGGGAGGCCGAAGAGGCUCGAAGGCAGCUGGCCGCCCUGGGCCAGACCGAGCCACUCCCAGCCGAGGCCCCCUGGGCCCGCAGACCUGUAGAUCCUCGGCGGCGCAGCCUCCCUGCAGGCGAUGCCCUGUACUUGAGUUUCAACCCCCCACAGCCCAGCCGAGGCACAGACCGCCUGGAUCUGCCUGUCACUACUCGCUCUGUCCAUCGACACUUUGAGGACCGAGAGAGGCAGGAACUGGGGAGCCCCGAAGAGCGGCUACAAGAUAGCAGUGACCCUGACACCGGCAGCGAGGAGGAAGGUAGCAGCCGUCUGUCUCCGCCCCACAGUCCACGAGGUGAGACCCUGGCGGAGACAUGGACCAGAGACUUUACCAGAAUGCAGGACAUCCCGGAGGAGACGGAGAGCCGCGACGGGGAGGCUGUAGCCUCCGAGAGCUAAGGGGGCCCCUCACCCCUGCCCUGUGCCCCACUGAAGAACAUUACUGAAGGGGGCUAACCUUGGGGACUCCAAUUUGCCAAUGAUGAGGGAACAUUUGAAAGAACUACAGAUUGUCCUUGCCAGCUCUUGGGAUCCUUAGAUACCUGGGGCCAUUUAAGAAGCUGGGGGAAUUAGGCCACAACACCCCCUGGGGCAUCCGAAAGCUACACCACAGAUGCCAGUGGUUCAUGCCUUCUUCCCUCCACUUUAGGAAAAUUUAUUUAUUUAUUAUUAGUUAUGGGGGGAGAGGGGAGAUUUAAAGGACCAGGGACAUGGGAACCAAGCCAUAGGGAUCAGAGGGCCUUGUCCUUGAACACUACUGGGGUAUAUUCAGGCUCAUCCAUGCAACUGCUGGGUUCUUGCCCUAACAACCCUCCCCUGCAACAUCCAUCUUGGAGGAGAGGCUGCAGCCACAGAACCCACUGCCCUUUAAAUAAAGGAGGGCUAUGGGCAGGGCCAUGUCACUUUCUCCUCUCCCCUCAACCUCUUACUGCUGUUCUCCCUUUCUCUGUCCUUCAUGGAAGCCCUGGGAGAUAACCUGGCUUCCUGGAGUUGAUGGACUAGAGGUUGGGGUGGCCAUAAUGGUUUGUUGGGGGUGAGGGAAAAAACCCACAGGGACCAGAAUGUUUUGUUGUUGUUUUGUUUUCUUUUUUGUACCAAAGUCAACUGCACGUGUUUUAUAUUUUUAAGAGAUCGUAGGCAAUUAGAAAUCGAAGCCUCCUAUCUCCACAUCUCUGAAGAAGUUGAGGGGUAGGGGAGACAAUGACUUCUGCCUUCAUCUGCAGUAACGGGGGGACCUAAACUGACCUAUUCCCCAGCCAUUUGGAAACAAAUUCUAGGGUGGGUUGGGAAAUCUCCAGGAGCCCUGACCUCAUCUUCCACCUCAGCAACCAUGACCUGAAACCUCAGCGUGAAUUUGGGGGAUUUUUCAAUGGAACCCCUGCCCUCAAAUGUCGACCAGCCCCAGUUUUUGUUUUUUUUUUUUCUGCCAAUUUUGUUGUUUAAAAAAAAAAAUCAGGGAAAAUUAAAAACCUGGAACUCC